AUGACAGAGGAUUUACUACCAUUGAUCGAGGAAACUUACGAAGACGCGGUGGCUCCAGAAGGGCUUUUGGCUAAUGAUGGGAUUCGGGAACUCAGACUGACUGAAGCUGAAGAUUUGACAGUGGACGCUGUAAAUGUUUUGGCGGAGGCCAUGGUGAGCACGACUUGUCUGGGGCGAUUGGAGCUCGUUUGUUAUGAAGAGAUUCCAGAUGAGCAUACAUUCGUUGUAUUGGGGGAAGGAUUGAAAAGGAAUGCAUCCCUCGAGAAGUUCGAAUUGGUUGCCGAAGGUUUUGGGAACGAUGACAGCCUCCCCGAGAUCUUGCGUACCUUGCAAAACCAUCCCAACCUUCUUUCAUUGACUCUAGAAAAGAUAAAUAUAUCAGAGCAAGUCAUGGAGGUAUUGCGGGGGUGGCGGAACUGCAAAGACUGCAGAUUGCAAGAACUCAAAAUUGGUGAAACAUCUCACUUGCCGGCAUUCGGUGCGAGUCGAGGGAAAGCCGUCGAGAACAGAAGUCUGAAGCGGCUUGAGUUGAACUCAGUCGAUCUUUCGAGCAAUGACUUGGAAGGAUUGCGCAAUUCAUUUCCAAACUUGAGAGUUUUGGAGCUUCCGCACAACAGGAUUUGCUACCUAUCACCUUUGGAAUCAAUUCUUUGCAAUGAGGACUCCGAGGUUCAAGAAUUGGAUUUACGACGCAAUCAAUCGUAUCAGUUACGAUUCAAUCAUGAAGAUUUUUACGAAGAUAAAAGUUGA